AUGUCCGAUUCUACCGCUGUCGCAUCGUCGGCAGUUGAAUUCGAGGCCAAGGUGCAGAUUGUCGACGAGCUUCCACGUGCACCCACGCUCUCAUCCGAGCUGCGUCAGUCGAACGCAGACGAUUCGGACUCGGACGACAACAACGAUGCAAAUGCGGCUGACCAAGUAGAAGAUCCUCAGACGGAAGACGAAGCGGGGCCAUCGAGCGCAGCUGACGAUCCGGAACCUGCUAAUAACGGCAUCACGCGUGGUAUCGUCCAGUACGGCUCGGUCAGGGUAGACCAUAGCGGCGGACCACAUAACAGUGUAGAUACGCAAGCAGAUGAUAUCCCGGACGAUUCGGAACUACUCGCACAGUACCCUGAUACGGAAGAAGUGCUCGAUCUCGGACACCUUCGUCUUACCACCACCAAGCGUCUCGGUCUGCAACGUUUCGCUCCUUCACUCAAACGGCUUUGUCUGCGCCAAAAUCUACUCACCAAGAUCCGAUCGAAAGACAUCGGAAUUCUUACCGAGCUCCAAGAUUUGGACCUGUACGACAAUAGCAUUGAAAAAAUCUCGGGCUUGGACGAGUUGACAAAACUCGAAUCGCUCGAUCUGUCGUUCAACAACAUCCAUCACAUUUCCAACAUCUCGCACUUGGGACAAUGCAAGACCAUCUACUUUGUGCAAAACAAGAUCUCGCGCGUGCGGCCUGACGAUUUUCAAGGUCCCAUCGCCAGCUCGCUGCAGAGCUUGGAACUGGGAGGCAAUCGAUUGCGAACCAUCGAAAACUUUGCACACCUCACCAAUCUGACACAGCUCUGGUUGGGUAAGAACAAAAUCACCUCCCUCCAGGGACUCGAAACCCUUACCAAUCUUCGUGUGCUCUCAAUCCAGUCGAACCGAAUCACCAAGCUCGAAGGCCUCGAAAAGCUCGUCAACUUGCAAGAGCUGUACAUCUCGCACAACGGUUUGACCAAACUCGAAGGCUUGCAACACAAUGUCAAACUGACAACGCUGGAUGUGGGAGCCAACAUGAUUGAGAAGGUGGAGAACGUGGGACAUCUGAGUCUGUUGCAGGAGUUUUGGGCGAAUGAUAACAAGAUUACGGAUCUAAAUGGUUUGGAUAAGGAGCUGGGAGAGACUAAGAUGCCCGCGUUGGAGACAGUGUAUUUGGAGGGCAAUCCGGGGAUGAGGAAGGAAGGAGCGGCGUAUAGGAGGAAGCUCAAGUUGUUGCUGCCGCAGCUCAAGCAGAUUGAUGCUACUUUUAUUCGCUGA